GAGAGCGAAGUCUCCGUCCUGCAUUUAGACGCGGAACAUGUCUUUUUCAUGGCUGACUUGUUCACUUCUUCUGGGAACUUUAUGCGCAGGGUACAGUCUUGGCGAAGUGGAGACCCGGGAGUGCGUGUACUACAAUGAUAACUGGCGUACGGAGAGGACCAACCAGAGUGGCUUCGAGCGCUGCGAGGGGGAGAAGGACAAGCGCUUGCACUGUUACGCCUCCUGGCUCAACUCCUCAGGGACCAUCAAGCUGGUGAAGAAAGGCUGCUGGCUGGACGACUUCAACUGCUAUGACAGGCAAGAGUGUGUCUCUAUGGAGGAAAAUCCUCAGGUGUUCUUCUGCUGCUGCGAGGGGAACUACUGCAACGAGCGAUUCACUCACCUUCCUGACAUGAUUGGCAGUGGGAACCGAGUAAAAAUUCGUCCCCCUCCCCGCGUGCCGUCUCUCCUCAAUGUGCUGGUGUACUCCCUGCUGCCGCUGUGUGUGCUGUCCUUGGCUCUCAUCCUGGCCCUGUGGAUGUAUCGUCACCGCAAGCCUCCCUACGGUCACGUGGACCUGAGCGAGGAUCCUGGACCUGUUCCUCCUUCCCCUUUGGUGGGUCUGAAGCCACUGCAGCUGCUGGAAAUCAAAGCUAGGGGGCGCUUCGGUUGCGUUUGGAAGGCUCAGUUAAUGAGCGAAUAUGUUGCUGUAAAAAUCUUCCCUGUUCAGGAUAAGCAGUCGUGGCAAAAUGAGCGGGACAUCUUCAUGUCUGCAGGGAUGAGACAUGAAAACCUCCUGCGCUACAUAGCUGCGGAGAAGCACGGAACCAACCUGGAAACAGAGCUGUGGCUUAUCACAGAAUUUCACGAGAGGGGCUCAUUGACAGACCACCUGAAGGGUAACACUGUGACCUGGACUGAGCUGUGUCACAUAGCAGAGACCAUGGCCCGUGGCUUGGCCUACCUCCAUGAAGACAUUCCCAGCUACAAGGGGGAGGGGCCUAAACCUACUAUUGCACACAGGGACUUCAAGAGCAAGAAUGUGAUGCUUCGAGAUGAUUUAACUGCAGUCAUCGGGGACUUUGGGCUCGCCGUACGAUUCGAACCAGGAAAGCCUCCUGGAGAUACUCAUGGCCAGGGUCUGAGCCAGAUGUGCGAGACCAUCGAGGAAUGCUGGGACCACGACGCCGAGGCACGACUUUCUGCCGGCUGCGUGGAGGAGCGCAUCAGUCAGAUCGCCAGGACGAUAGGCAGCACUACCUCAGACAACCCCGUCUCCAUAGUCACGUCUCUCAUCAACGAGGACCUACCUCCCAAAGAGUCCAGCACCUGAACGGACGACACCAUCCCUCCCCCGACCUCCUGACUUUUUACGUUUUUUUUUCAACCCCCAAACUCAGCGGAUCUUCGUGAAUAUUUAACAACUCAUAAAGAACCCCUAGCAACUUCAACUCAGCUGCUAUUUUCUCCCAGUCCUGGUAUUUUGUUCCGGUUUAAUGUUUUCAGUGUUUUUAAAUCCAGAUCGUAUUAAAACAUCCCUCUGCUGUAGUUGAAGUAGUAAUAAGCUAUGCGAUGGGCACAUCCGAUAGCAUCCUCGUGACAAAACCUUAAAUGUCGUCAUUACCUCGCGUAUUUCUUUCAUGUUUUAGUCUCUUUUUUUUUUUUAAAUUACCUCAUGAGUCAUCUUUGUUGUAUUUCUCGUCGUGUUCGUAAUCGUCUGCGGCCAAAACAAACCUGUGCUCCAAACCUCAGACGACGUGCUGCACACCUCGGAGGAACCGUUUUUAGACUGUUAGACAAAAUAUUCAUCUUCCUCAGGGGUCGAAAGCUUCUUGAUUUCUAAAACUCGGAGCGUGCUCCCUUAAUUUAGACUCCUCAGAAUGUGGUGAGGGCGGAGGAGAGGAAAAAAGAAGCGGAGGAGCACAGCAGUUUUCUUUUAAGAGAGGGAGGGGCGGGGCUAAAUCAGAACUGAGCAGUCAUAUUUUGGACUUUUUUGAAGAUUUGGAACAGGUGUCUUGUUCUCGGAACUACCUCUCAGGUAUCCAGCAGGCUUCUUUGGAACAUUUCUCUAAGUUCAGAGCCAAGCUAUUCAGCUAGCUAUCAUGGACAUAUUCCUGGACUUUUUAUUUUUAUUUUUUAUUUUUAAUAUUCAGAGUUACUCCUUUGCCAGUGCCAGGGGCAUUGACAGAUGCUGUCUGGAGUUGCAAUGUUACUCAUUUUUAAUUUUUAACUGUAUGCAUUUGUGUGCGAGUGUGAGAAUCAGAAGACUGAAUGAUGCGGAACGGAGAAGUGUGUGCGUUUUUAAAAAAGGUAAGAAACACGAACAGGUAAUUUGAGGGUUUAUCCUUGCAAGGGUCAUACAGGAGCAAGCAACAUGUCUGUCUUUUUUUAAAAUUUCAUUGAAAUUUGGUUAGUAUACUCAGUCGGACACCAGUCCCUAGAUACCUCAGUCACUGUAUGUCAUGCAAGGAGAGCUCAAAUGGUUGCCUUUGUCUCAAAUGCAAUGCCAUAGUUGUAUCAUAACAUAAAAAAAAAAACCAUACAUUGAAUGUCCGUUAUGCUGCUGUGACUUUUCCAGGAUACUCAAGGAUUUGUAGAUGUAUUAUUUGUUAAUAUAACACUAACGUGGUAACGAUCCAUGAUAUUAUGUCAGGCUAAUAUCCUGUUUUUAUUUGUUUUUCUUUUUGACUGGGUAAGCUUUUAGCUGCUUACUCCUCCAAACUGACCUCAGAUAUUCUGACAAGUACCUCAGGCUUUUUCUACAUGUAUAUCAAAUUGUGUUAAUGUAUUUUAUUGUGUUUUUAGUAGCUGAGAUAUUUUAUUGCAGGUUGGGCCUCUUGUCUGUUUUUUUGUUUUCUUUCUUCAUUUUUAAUAGAACCUGACCAGUUUUCAUGGUGUUUAUGCUCUACAAACCUAAAAGAAGAGAGGCGGAUUCCUGUAAAUAUGCGUGUACACACCUAACACUACUAUAUAUAUAUAUAGUUUUUCUUUCAUUUGUACACAAAAUCAGGGCAUUGCUCGAAUUCUUUCACAGUUACAGAAAAUACUUUCUCAGAACCACAUUUAUAUAUUUAAGUCAAGCCCUGCAACUUUUUUGUUUUUCUUUUUAAGAGGAGUGUUACUGAUAUCAAUUAAUUAUGGUAUUGGCUUAUCUAUAUUAGAAGCUGUGAGGGUGGCACUGGCAUUAAAAAAAUUAAUUAGUGUGUAUAUCAUCGAAAAAAAAUGACAAAGAACAAAUAUUUUUAUGGUUUUCUGUGGCAGCUUCUGUGAUUGGCCACUUGUUUGAACAGUAUUGCCUCAAUAUUAACCUGCUGAUGUGAUAUUCUGACCUGUUUAGUGAUAGUUUAGCCACGUUGGACAACACACAGGCUCAUCUGUUGUGCUUUGAUUAGUGGUGUGGAAAGAUAGUGAUUUUUUUUAACAGUGGUCUGUAGCUCUUGCUGAUGUGCAGUUUUGGUAAAAGGACUUUUGGAAAAAAAAAAUCAACUCAGUGCUGAACAAUGUUUUUAGUGUUUUGAAACCAUCAUUGUGUUUGUAGCCACACGACUGACCGAUGCAGCACCGUCAGGAUUCACAUAAACAGCGCCAUGUGCACAGUCCAAGGGUUCAGCAAUAUUUCCUAAACAGCAAUAGUCAUUUAAGUCCAUUAAAUGCAGCUGUGACUUCGCAGGUAUCUUCUGCAGAUCAACAGAAAACGUCUCCUCACACCUGGAUCAUGCUCUUGACGGUCUAAGUCUCCUGAUGGGGGAGGGGGGAAAAUGCAGUGGGUUGAACUUUUUUGUGUGCGCGCGCGCUGAACGUGGCCCAGGUGCUUUCACAAACUGUGCCAGGCAAACGACGGUCGCGUGCGGGAAACCGCCGCGAUUGGUCGUUACCUCCAAAUGCUGUCUUACACCCAGCUCUUCUGAACCGAAAAAAACCAUGUUACCUCAUGCAGUACCUUGUUUAGUAACACUAACCUGGAGUCAGUCUCAUCUUCAACAAAAAAAAAAAAAAAAGGAAAAAUAUAUCAAUUAUUGUGUAUAUAUUUACUUGCUAAAUGUAAAGGGUUUCUUCCUUUUCAUGUGUGGAUCCUGUGAAAGAAAAAUCCUAUAUUUUUUUUCUUUGAUUUACAGUCAGCAUAUAGUGUGAACGAAUGUUGGAAAUAUGUGACCAUCCCUGUUUAUGUGAACUGUGUGUGCGUGCGUGUGUGUGUGUGCGCGUGGUUGUUGGUUGGUUUCUUUAAAUCAGUAUGAAUGAAAACUUUUAUCUGUGCAUUGAAAUGCUUAGAAAUAUAAAGUAGAUGAGAGUACAUUCAUCUUUUUGUAUAUGAAAAUAAAGACGAAUUCUGAUUAACCACGUAAA